AUGUUUUCAUUCCCUCACCAGGGUUCCUUCAAGAAAUUGGAGAAGUUGGGCCAGGGAACGUAUGCAACGGUUUACAAAGGACGCAAUCGCGAGACGAAUGAAUUAGUGGCCUUGAAAGAAAUCAACCUCGAUGCUGAGGAAGGCGCACCCUCAACGGCUAUCCGGGAAGUCUCAUUGCUGAGACGUCUUACACAUGAGAAUAUCUUGACCUUGCACGAUGUAAUAAAUGUUGAAGACAAAUUGGUGCUGGUGUUUGAAUACAUGGAUAAGGACCUCAAGCGCUACAUUGACACUCAUGGGGGCCCCCUCGAUGCCGCCACGGCCAAGUCCUUCGUCUACCAAUUGCUGCGCGGUGUUUCUUUCUGUCACGAGAACGGCAUCCUACAUCGAGACCUGAAGCCCGAGAACCUACUACUCAAUCAGGAUGGACGACUAAAACUUGCUGAUUUUGGACUUGGCCGUGCGUUCGGUAUCCCCAUCAGCAAAUUUUCGAGUGACGUGGUCACUCUUUGGUACCGUCCUCCAGAUGUGCUGCUCGGAAGUCGCACGUACACGACCAGCAUAGACAUCUGGUCCGUCGGAUGUAUCAUGGCGGAAAUAUAUACAGGUUCUGCAUUAUUUACUGGAACAACAAAUGCGGAUCAACUGUUGAAGAUCUUCAAUAUUAUGGGCACACCAACCGAGCUCACCUGGCCAGGCGUCAGUCAGUUGCCCGAAUACAGAAACGAUUUCCCGCCUUGCUCCCCACAAAGUCUGCAACAACUUAUACCGUCAUUAGACCCUGUAGGGAUUGACCUCCUGGGACGCAUGUUGCAAUUAUGCCCAGAAGCACGCAUCAGCGCCACUGAUGCUUUGAAUCACCCCUGGUUCCAGGGUUUUACUUAG